CUUAACCACUUCACCCUCCGUCAGCGAUGGCUAUACUAGCUCUAUGCCAUAGAAACAUUCCAUGGAUAACAUUUAAAAUAGUGAUUUUAUUAGUGCCGUUAAUAAUUUGCGUAGAUCUCCUCUGUGCACGUAAGUUCUCCAUUGCACACCGUUUAGUGUAUGGAGGCCUAGUGGGAAGCAGAACCACGGGAGCCAGAGAUGGGGGAGGAAGCUGGAUUCCUCACUUGUGUCCUCAUUACAGCCGAAGGGGACGGCAGACGCACCCAUUGCAGUGGGAACCGCCUUCCGUUGACACUAUAUUUUUCACACAGACAUCAUGUGUGAAAGCCCUUACUGCAAGAGAGGCGUGUGCCGUCGAGAGCUCUUCCAUCUACCACCCUCACCGGCCGGUACUCGUCCUCCUAACUGCCCCGGACCCUGACCAAGACCACCCACUCCUCAAGGUGCUGCAAGGCCUGGCUAACGUGCGGCUAGCGUGGCUGGAUUUGGAUCAAGUGUUUGAGGAUGAGAACCUCCGGACGUGGCACCAGAAUCGACAGUGGAUGUUCAGUGACGGUCGUGCGUCGGCCGAGGUGAGCGACGCAGUGCGGGCGGAGUUGCUGCGCCGUUUUGGGGGAACAUACGUAGACCUCGACGCCAUAACGCUGCGCCCUUUGCCCAGUCUGAACAACUGGCUGGGUCGAGUGGAUGAUGCGCUUGUCAACACAGCCGUUGUGAGUUUCAGCCCCGGCCAUCCACUCCUCCAGGAUGUGGUAAGCUCCAUUCCCACCUCCUUCAAUCCCCAAGGAUGCUGCAGCAUCGGGCCCAACCUCUUCACACACAUCCUCCACCAGAGCUGCCCCAAGAACGUCACCACUCCCUCCUCCGCCGAUCCCGACCAGGCCGAGCACUGCAACGGCGUCACGAUUUUCCCCAGGUCCUACUUCUACCCCAUCCACUACGGGUACAAGAAGGACCAGCUGCAGAGCAUCUUCAGGGAGGGAGAGGGCCUGGGGCGCGCGUUCCUCUCCAACACGCACGCCUUCUCGCUGCAUCUCUUUCACUCUGUUUCGUCUAAAUCCACAGUUUCUCUCUCCGGCGACUCUAUCUUGAAGGAAGUGGCCAUUGACAAUUGCCCCGAAGUGUUUCAAUGUUUACAGGAACAUAAUCUGCCGUUGUAGUGUGACUAUACUCGAUGUAUGAUGUUAGUGUUUCUUUUUAUAGUAAUGAGGCAGUGGUUCGCGUGUUUGGUAAGUGUGCGAAUAGUGGUUUAGUUCUGUUCCCUCGUGAUAUAUAAGCUUGGUGUGAUGCUUUAUGGUUUCUCUUUAGUAAGAGCAAAAAGGAAAAAUAUUGUAAAUGCAUUUAAUAAUCAUUCCUUAAUUUUCAACUUUAUGAAAUAACACGGAAAUGAUACAAAAGGGAAAAAUGACCAUCGAAAUCUUGUACACAUUUGGAGUUUCGAAUCAUCUGUGCAAUGCUAUUUUGAAUCUUUUGUAAGAACUUGGUUUAUCUUCUUAGCUUUAUACUCUCUUUAGCAAUUGAAUGCAAAAGUUGCCUCGGAUUUAAUUUUAUUUACAGAUAAAAAUAUAAUACAGAAAAAAAAGUCAGUACUACCUUGAAACAAAGAAAAUAACGCCAGGAAAAAAAAAAAAAAAAAAAAAAAAAAAAAAAAAAAAAAAAAGGAAGCAUUCCGAUCUCUGCACCAAUCCAGCGUCUGUACUUUUUAGAUGGCAUUUUUUUCAUAUGUUGGAUAUUAGCAUAUUCCUGCAAAGGCUGCUCAAUUACUUAAACAGGCGGGGUACUGCAGAUAACUGCCUUUACAUUAUGUAUCGGAGAUAAUAUAACAGACCAUGCACCAAAUAUUUCUCGCAUUUUUGUAUAUUUUAUAUGCAUGUCGUUUUUAUCUAUGUGUUUGUAACCUUGAGCAAGCCAUGCCAAUGCAUUAUAUCUCUAUGGAUAUAUAAUGCAUUAAGCCGUUACCUUAACCCCAACAUUGGUAACAAAGACAGACAGAUACACACCAUAUCCUCUUCCCUGUUUGAUCUCUUACCUACAGUAAUUUUCCUUCUCCCUGCAUCGUAGUGCAGAGUGAUAGGGCAAAGAGAGUUUUGUUGGCUUAUCAUACCUGACCUUUGGUGUGCUGUAACUUUGUACGGUAAAUUUGAUAACCUCCUUUUGUAAACCUUGGCCUGCUUUAUAUGUUUUGUAUAUAAUAAACACCUGAGAGACAUUUUGAUCUGACCGCUUUCAUAAGUUGUAUAUAACUUGAGACGCAUGGUUAUUAAAAAUACAUCACAUAUCACAUAAGUAUUAGACGUGCACAUGCAUAUACCAUAUAGUGUAUGAUUUUUUUUUCACCUACCCUACAGUUUGCAAAGCUGAGAUAUUGUUGUUAUCUCACCCCCUACCAAACAUGACAAACAAAUAUAUUGUCCAGGCAUU